GUCACUUUCCCGCAAUAUAACUGUACUGAUUAGGGUUUUUAAACUCCGCGCCAUUUUCCAAUCAACCUCUUCACGCUUUCAGUUUAUCUCUUCAACAAUGGCCGGAGAAGAUGAAAACAUAGACACCACUCCGGUGGGUUCAAAGCCAGCUCCAAGUCCGGUAUCGCAAACUAGCUCCUCGCAUCCUCCGCCGAAACAUCCAGAUCACCCCGAAAAUGAGUCGCCAAACAAGAAGCCGUUGAGUCCCAAAGAAUUUAUUCUUUCAGUCGCCUGUAAAAUCUCAUCUCAGCCUCUCACUAACUCGGACCCUAACGUAUGGGGUGUUCUCACUGCUAUUUCUAACAAUGCUCGCAAACGCCCUCAGGGAAUAAACAUGCUGUUGACUGGAGAUGAGCAUUGCUUUGGUAGAUUGGCGGAUGACUUGCGUUUUCAGAUUGAAUCAGCUGCGAUUAGCGGCAGACAUUGCAAAAUUUAUAGAAAAAAUGUUACUGUUGAAGAUCAUUCGUCGCAUUGUCAUACAUCUGUUUUCCUGAAAGAUACAAGCACUAACGGAACAUAUCUCAACUGGAAUAAAUUGAGUAAGAGCGGCCCUGAAUCAAAAGUCAAGCAUGGAGAUAUUAUUUCGUUUGCUGCACCUCCUCAUCAUGAAAUUUCAUUUGCGUUUGUUUAUCGAGAAGUUAUUAGGUCUGGCCGCUUAGUGGAAGGUGCAUCUGUAAAGAGAAAACUAGAGGAGAUUGUUUCAGAUAAUAAGAGACUAAAGGGUAUAGGGAUUGGUGCUCCUGAAGGUCCUAUAUCUCUUGAUGAUUUUCGAAGCCUUCAACGUUCUAACACGGAGCUUAGGAAGCAAUUGGAAAGUCAAGUCCUUACAAUUGAUUCAUUACGCAAUGAGCAUCGAGCAACCAGUGAACGCCAUGAAAAUGGGAUGAAAGAGAUGAAAGAAUCUGUUGCAAAGCUGUAUUUAGACCAACUCAAGGAGUUACAACACAUGCUAGAUGUUAAGCAGAAAGAGUCGUUCGAAGCUAAUAGAAUACUGGCUGAACAGAAGCAUGCCUUGGAAGAACUUAAUGAAACCCUUACUGCAUCCAAGCAGUCAUGUGCUGAAGCUAAUGAAAUAAUGAAGAGCCAGAAAGCAUCUAUAUCUGAACUUGAGACACAAUUAGAAGAAGAGCGAGAUCAGAGAAGAGAAGAACGGCAGAAGGCUGCUUCUGAUCUUAAGGCAGCAGUACAGAGAGUUCAGUCUGAGGCACAGGAGGAAAUUAAAAGACAGUCUGAUGAUGCUUCCCAGCGGGAGAGAGAACUGCAAGAGGAAAUAAAUAAGCUUCAGGAGAGGGAGAAAAAAUGGUGUUCACAAGUGGAGAUUUUGAUGCCAAAACUGGAGGAAGCAAGACAAAAGUUAGUUAUCUCUGAUAAUAAAGCUCGCCAACUUGAAUUACAAGUUGCUAAAGAGCAAUUGGAAUCUGCAAAUGGAAGAAAAAGAGUUGAAGAACUAGAGAUAGAGAUGAAACAAAUGAGGAAAGAGCUCGAUAGUGAAAAGCAGGCAGCGCGAGAAGAAGCAUGGGCUAAAGUUUCUGCCCUUGAACUUGAGAUAAAUGCUGCAAUGGGGGAUCUUGAAUUCGAGAGACGAAGGUUAAAAGGUGCCAGGGAAAGAUUAAUGCUUAGGGAGACCCAGCUACGGGCAUUUUAUUCCACUACUGAGGAGAUCUCAGUACUGUUUGCCAAGCAGCAGGAGCAACUGAAGUCGAUGCGAAGGACUUUGGAAGAUGAGGAAAAUUAUGAUAACACAUCUGUGGAUAUGGACUUAAAUUUACCAACAAUUAAUCAUAUGAAUGGAAACUUGACUGGAGAAAAACAACUGAUUGUAUUAAAUAGUUCAAAGGGCCGCUCUGCGAAUUCAGCCCAGAGAUUUGAUGUUAAUCAGACUGUUGCUUCAGACGACGAAGCAAGUGUCACUGAGAAGCAUGAGUGUGAUAUCAGAAGUCAAGGAGACGAACAAGAUACUCAGGAAGAAGUAUUGACAAGUUCAAACCGUCAUGCUAACGGUGGGUUUGGUUCCGACAUUGAUGGUGUUGGCACAGCACCUAUUCUGGAUGCUGAUGCGAUAGGAACCGAGCAAGUUCUUGAAACAGAAAGCCUCGGAAUUGAUGGUGAUCGGAAUGCUAUAGCUGGGGACACUAUGCAACUCGAGGAUGAAGUCCAUAUUCAUGGAAGCGAUGACCAGCUCCAGACAACUUCUCAGGAUGCUAUGCGUUGUCAUUCGGUAUCUCAUAAUCCCUUAGAGAACCAGAAAGCCAUGGAAGAAGAUACAGAACCGGGAGAUACUAUCAGAACAGCAGACCUUAUAGCUUCCGAAGUUGCUGGGAGCUGGGCUUACAGCACCGCUCCUUCCGUCCAUGGUGAGAAUGAAUCUCCUGGAAGUGGAGACAAUGAUGUGAAGGUUAAUGCAGGCCUUCAUGAUUCCAAUGGUCAGGCGGCCGCUGAAAGUCAAAGUACACCACAUUCCGAGGCUGCCGCUUCUAGACGAAACCACGAACGCCGAGCAUUAAAUGAGAUGAUUGGAAUUAUUGCACCUGAUUUAAAGGAGCAGUUUGGUGCUGGCCAAGAGGAGAAACAAGAUUCUAGUUCGGACUCUGAUACUGAGAGCUGUACCGACAGUGAGGAGCGAAAUGGAGAAAAUUCAAAAGUCAUAGCCAUUUCAGAUAACGAAACUGAGGAUAGCGAUCAACCUGAUGACGACCAAAAGCACGACGCCAUGGAUGAAGACGUCGAAGAUACGCAAGAAGAUGUUACAGCAGCGGGCUUGUUAGUUCAGAUCAAAAGCCAGACGUAAAUAGCUUAGUGAGUUUCUCCUGACUGCACUAAUCUUUAGUGUAUAUAGUAUACAGUGCCUCUUUUCGUCUGAGCCAUGCAAAGCAAAUGCGAGGCAUAUUUUGGGAAGAUGUAAAGGUAUGUACAUUACGUAAUAAAAGAUAGCUAGGUAUAUUAUAUCUAAUUUGAUAGUUUUGUUUUAACUUAUUGUAGAAUCUUUGAAUGUUUGAAGUUCUAUCAGUGUUCCCACGUAGAUUACUAUCUUGAAAGUUCUAUCAAUAUAUGCAACUCUGCUUUGCUAGUU